GAACUCUUGUUGUGUAAAGGCGGAAGUUGAGCUUGUUACUUGCUAUGGUUACUUGCGAGGCUGGUUGUUUAUUAGCUAUUUAGCCAUACCCUGGGAAGGAAUUUGUCAUUAUUAUGCUACAUUCCUCAACACUUUAACAACGCCCUUACUUACAAUGACUAACAUUUACCCGCAAAGAGCUGUCUGAAUUGCGUUGUGUUACGUCUUACUCAGAGUUGUUCUUUCAGUAGGUAAACACACAAGGCUGCUUUCAGAUUCAAACUUAGCUAAUUUAGCCAUUACCUCUUCAUAUCAUAACCACUAUGCUGAGCACGUUUGAAACUCUUGUCCGGCAGUUGAGGAACUUUUCCUCAGUGUUCGAGAUCACCAGUGGGAUUUGCCUAGCGAUUUUAACAUCGGCGAGCGUGUGCAUAUUCACGAGUAUCCUCGAUGUCCCUGUCCUCUCCUUGGGUGUCGACUCCAGCGUCUUUACCAGUGGUCAUGUGCCCAAGCUGCUGAGCUAUCCCUUCAUCCACUGUGAUGUGCUGCAUCUGAUGACGAGUGCGGUGGUGCUGGUGGCGUUCAGCAGUGCCGUGGAGAAGGGCGUCGGGACCGUGCGCUUCCUCGCCCUCUUCCUGCUCCUCUCCACGGCCACAGGCCUGCUCUUCGCCCUCCUGGCGCUGGUGGUCUUCCCAGAACCCUCCGAGGCGCGCGUGGCGAUGGGUCUGGUGCCCGUCGCUCUGUCCCUGCUGGGCAUGGUCACCAUCAGCUCCCGCAUGAAGAGGGCCUUGUUGCUCGGCGUCGGCGUUCCCACGGCAACCCUGCCCUGGAUCGUCCUGCUUGCGGUUACCCUGGUCAUCCCUGGCAUGGUGCUGCUGUGUAAUGCCACGGCCAUCACCGUAGGAAUCAUCUAUGGGAAAGGCUGGCUCUCUCCGCUGGAGAUGUCGGAGUCCAGGGCUUCGCUGCUGGAGAAGAGGAUGCCCCUCAGGCUGCUGAAGAGGAUCAUGGGAGUGCGAUUCAUUCCGGCGUCUGCCGAGGAGAGAAAGGAGAUUCUGCACGCACGGUGUAAUCCUCCUCCUGGCUCCUACCCCGUUCAGGUGUAUGCCCCCGCCCCCACUGCACCCUCCACCAAUCAGACGCACGGCAUGUAUGAGGGCUGGUCCCACUCCGCCUACUCCCAGCAGAGCCCGUCCCCCUUCCCUGGCACACACGCAGCGCCAUACGGGCUCAGUCAGACACACGGGCACAGCUCUGCAGGAGAUGGGCAUGGGCACAGUCAUCAUGGGCAUGGACAUAGUCAUGACGGCUACGGGCACAGCUAUGAAGGUCAUGGACACAGUCAUGACGGCUACGGGCACAGCUAUGAAGGUCAUGGACACAGUCAUGAAGGUCAUGGACACAGUCAUGAAGGUCAUGGAUAUGUCCAUGGUCAGUAUGGCCACUACGCAGGGCAACCUGUAUUUAGUCAGUUUGGACACGGUUUGGGAGCAGCUGCAUAUGGUCAGCAUGCGGCCAGCGCGUCGUAUGCUGCUGGUGGCGCUGCGUACCCAGCGGAGAGGGCAUGGAUGCCGCCCAGUGCCCCCGUGCCACCUCAUCUCAGCUCUGGGGUAGGCACUGCUGCUGCCCCCACUCUGGCUCACAAUCCAGAACCUCAGAAGGAGAACUAGGCACGGAACAUUCCAGAACACCCUGGCCAUGAGAACAAACAUUCUAGAACCCUCUCCAGAGGCAUGGGUCUAAAGGUUCUAAAGCACUACAAUCAGAAGACUAUUGCACUGAAACGGUGACUGGUAAGCAGGACAGGAUGCCAUAUCACGUCACUAUGACGCCCCAUCUUGUGGAGCUGAGUCUGUGGGACUCUUUCUGCCACAACAAGAGCAAAUUUGAAUGUCCAAUUUCCUACAUAUUUUUGCUGUCUAGCUUUCCUACAUUUUUAAAUAAAUUAAUUAUCAUUA